UCGCGGGCCUGAGCUGUCUGGUCUCAGAUUCCCCCCGACUUUUCUCCUGUCUGCCAUCCUAGAUUGCUGCCUGUCAUUGUUCUCGCUGCCAAAUGGGGGUGCUUUGUGAAGGCUGCCAAGUUGGGGCGUGCUCUCUUGCUCGCCGUUUCCCAACAAAACAAGGCCUCUCGGGCUGACCCCGGACCCCCCGGGCUCCCCCGGACCCCAGCUCUGACUUCAGGCCGACGCGCUGAUUUUUUUUUUCUUUUUCUUUCUUUCUUACCUUGUAGUAUUUUAUUGUACCAGGAGCCACGCCCUGGUUUCUUAAAGGCGCGGCGCACUGUUUGGCCACGUGUUUUCCCUGCAGCGGGUGUGUGGGAGGCCUCCCGUGAGCCACCUAUCUUUCCCGCCCAUUUUCCUGGCACAUCCUCCCACCCCCAGCGAGGAUUUAGGGAUGCCCGUGGGGAGGAAGGUGAUCGGGACUGGCAGCAGUGCGGUCCCCAUUGCUGCCGCCGCCGCCGCCCACUCCGGGAUCCGGCGUUUGGAGACCAGUGAAGGGGCCUCAGCCCAGAGAGACGAUGAUCCGGAGGAGGAAGGGGAAGAGGACCUGCGAGAUGGUGGGGUCCCUUUCUUCAUCAACAGAGGUGGUCUGCCGGUGGAUGAGGCCACCUGGGAGAGGAUGUGGAAGCACGUGGCCAAGAUCCACCCUGACGGGGAGAAGGUGGCGCAGAGGAUCCGCGGAGCCACGGACCUGCCCAAGAUUCCCAUACCGAGUGUGCCUACUUUCCAGCCAACGACGCCUGUCCCUGAGCGCCUGGAAGCCGUGCAGCGCUACAUCAGGGAGCUGCAGUACAAUCACACAGGGACACAGUUCUUUGAAAUUAAGAAGAGCAGACCUCUGACAGGGCUGAUGGACCUGGCCAAGGAAAUGACCAAAGAGGCUCUGCCAAUCAAAUGUCUGGAAGCCGUGAUCCUGGGAAUUUACCUCACCAACAGCAUGCCCACCCUGGAACGCUUCCCCAUCAGCUUCAAGACCUACUUCUCAGGGAACUACUUCCGCCACAUCGUGCUGGGAGUGAACUUCGGGGGCCGCUACGGGGCCCUGGGCAUGAGCCGCCGCGAGGACCUGAUGUACAAGCCGCCCGCCUUCCGCACGCUCAGCGAGCUCGUGCUGGAUUACGAGGCCGCCUAUGGCCGCUGCUGGCACGUGCUGAAGAAGGUGAAGCUGGGCCAGUGCGUGUCCCACGACCCGCACAGCGUGGAGCAGAUCGAAUGGAAGCACUCCGUGCUGGACGUGGAAAGGCUGGGCCGCGAGGACUUCCGCAAGGAGCUGGAGCGCCAUGCGCGAGAUAUGCGGCUCAAGAUUGGCAAAGGGACAGGACCUCCUUCUCCUACCAAGGACCGGAAGAAAGAUGUUUCCUCCCCACAGCGGGCCCAGUCCAGCCCGCACCGCAGGAACAGCCGCAGUGAGAGACGGCCCUCGGGUGAGAAGAAGCCUCCAGAGCCCAAAGCCAUGCCAGACCUCAAUGGGUACCAGAUCCGAGUGUGAGGUGGAUGCCAGCACUGCAGACCCUGUCCUGCUCCUGGAGGCCAGGAUCCACCUGUUAGAACCUGCCUCACCAAGGGCAGGGGCUGGCGAUGGGGCAAAGCCAGAGGCUACAGGCAGGGUGCGCUGCAGCUCCGUCCUCAGGCUGCUCCCUUCCCAGUGGAGCCAAGCCCCUAACUUUGGGCCAAGAAGCAGUUAGUAUUUUCUGUGGAAUCUUUAGCUCUAAGACUGAUGUUUAAGGUAUUUGGGGGAAAAGGACAAACGGAUGUGCUGAUGGCUCGAGGAGGGCAAUGCUUAGAGACCUGAGAGCCAUGGAGUCGGGUGGGAAAGGCGUGUUGGUCCUGGCCCCUGCUCCUCUGUAACUAUCCAUGGGCAAUCGCCCACCCCCACGAGUCAGUAGGGGAAGGUGGGGUAGGGUGGAGGCGUUUGUUUCUCCCAGCAAGGCCUGUCCUGGCAGCAUCUUGACCAAGGGAACUGGAAGCAGGGUAGGAUCCUUCCUCAGAAAGGUCUGGGUGGCCCAUAAUCAGGAAGCUUGCUGCUGGCCACAUCUGCCCAAGAACCAGCCUGUGGGCCUGGAGUGCCCUGGAGCGCCCUGCCCUGCCCAUGGCACCACAGGCAGUAUUGUAUGAGCCUGGCCCACAGCCACUUGAGCAACCACAGGGGAAGAGGCUUCUGCCUCUAGCACCCCAGGGGCCCCCGAGCAGAGGGUCUGGGCUUUGCAGAGCUUCCGGAGUUGCACUAUGGACAAUGUGAUUGUGCAGACCAAGUAGACCUUGAUGCCAUGGCUGGGCACAAGGUAACAGCAGGAAACACUCAGGCCUGGAUCAUUCCUCUGGCAAUGUCUGAAAUGGGCUCUGCUGCCCACCCUGCCACCUGCCACCUCGGCCCUUACUGAGGAAAUCAAGACAACCCAGGAUGCCUGUGCCCCAGGCCCACCUCUUCUGCUUUCAAAGCCCAUCCAGGGGUGGGUGGCAAUGAUGGCUCUAAACACGUGUGGCAGGUCCUUGGGGGCUCUUGUAUCUACCUAAGAGCUGCCCAUACAGCAGGAAUCAUCCACAUCCUGCAACUGAGGCACGUGGUGGAAGGGUUAAGAUGAUGUGGAGAGGAGAUGGCAAGAGGAGGGGGGCGGGUUCUGGGCUCCAAAGAGGAAGGACAGAGUCUGAGAACUGGGGGUGUAAGUGAGAAGGGAUGUGGGAAGGAGAGUUUAGGAUCAGGCUGUCCUGAGGGCCGGGUUCCCCGACUGCACAGGGAACUGGAAUCCAGGUUGUGGAAGGGCUAGGUGAAGUGACCACGGAGGGUUGGUCGGUUGGUUUCCUGAGAGGCUAUGGAUCAGUAAGGGGCAGCUCAGUAAGGUUGUAGAGGGGAUCAGAGGCCUGGAUAAGAGAAGAACCAAGUUUGUAAACUCAACAUGCCUACAGGAAUAGUAGGGGGUACACUGCAGGGCUGCGUGGGGACUGUAUCCCAGUAGGAGAGCUACCACUCUUCUGCUGUGCCUACAGUCCUGACCCGGCGGAGCCAGACUGAUUUUUUUUUUUUUUUUUUUUUUGAGGCCAGAGCCCAGGUUUUGUAUGAGAAGUCUAAUUCAAUGGUCGGUGACAUUGGAGUAGAUAGUGCUGAGAAGGACCAUCCCCCCACCUGCUCCAGUGCUUUGAGUUGGCAGUGCGACUGUUUUGAGGUUCCCAGGACUGGGUGAGGCAGCUGAGAUCCCCGGAGGGGGGCAGCUUCCUGUGUUCAUCUUACUUGCACACAAGCCAGAGACCCCAUGUAGUUCGUUGCUGGACACCAGAGGGGUGGAGUGGUAGUCAUGGUACAGCUGGGCUAGCCAGGUGGUGGCUGGAGGAGCAGGAAUGAAUGCCCUUGCUGAAGAUUUGCUCUCCCAGGCUGCUCCGGGGCUGACGGCUUGUCAGCGCAACAGGUUGUGACCCAGAGCCAGGCCCAGCCGGGUCCAGCCAGAGGCACCCUGAGAAGCCAGCUGGUCAGUUUCUUGCCUCCUUGGUUCAUGGGCUCAGUAGGCCCUAGGGCGAUGCCUAACCUGUCCCACACACCACCCCCAGCCUGACCAACAAGGGGCAUGUGAUCCUGACUCCCUAUGCCCAUGUAGCCCUCCGUGAGUGGGGUCCCCACAUUCCCACUCCCACCUAUGGAGAAACGGUUCCUACUGGGAAGCAGGAGGCUGAAGCACACAGGGCCUGGAUGUGGCUGCUUAUCGAAGCCCAAGGGGCUCAGCCACUUCUGGAAAUAACAGGGUAUUGAGUAGGAGAUGUGAGGGGCUAGGAGGAGGAGUCCGUGGACAGAGGAGCCCUAGGGCACCUUCCUUUGAAUCCUUGGGUAAGAAGGCAGGAUGGAGGCUAGCCCGUUUGCUGACUGUAGGAGAGAGUAGGUCCCCAGCUGUGAUCCCCUAGUGCUUGCCCCUCCUGGGCCAAGGCUGGGCCUGUGGAGCUGGCCACAAGCCAUAGUGGUGCUUUUUAAUUUAUUUGCAACUGUUUCUCUUAUGUAGCAUCCCCUCCUCUCCCCUGGGCUGUUUACAUAGGCAGUGCUCCCUGGGGCUGGCCUGGCUGGGAGGCCUUGGGGGAGGCAGAAGCGGGGACUUGGGGCCUUAGUCACCAUCCAUGCUAUCACUGCAUCUCACUUCCUGUGAGGGACAGAGGGGCCUGGUUGAUAGGACCCCAGCCUCCUCCCAUAUUCCAAUGCAGGCUUGUCCUCGGCUCCUCUGCCCACCCUUCAGAGUGAGGGAGAUGCUAGCUGAGGUCAGGGGGAGGGAGAGAAGGCUGCUCAGUGGAGGUGGCCAGGGCGGGGGGGGGGGGGUAAGUGACUGCAGGGUCUCCCCAGAACCCAGAGCCUUGUGCUGGGUGCCAGGCCACAAAUGUAAGGAACUAGCAUCAGAGAGCCUGUCCCUCUGCCUAGCUACCUGCCAGUCCUCUCCCUCCCUGGCCUCACCACAUCCUCAUGCCCCCUCUCAUUCGUCAUGCCAGACAUCCUGUCGUCAUGUGGGCAAGCAGCAGCCAAGGGUAGAAGCAGCAGCCCGCUGGCCCUGCACAAGAUGGGGAAGCCUAGGGCCAGGAUGCUGAGAAGCAGCAGCUAACAAUGACUUCAAGCCACACUACCAUCCCUUCCAGCAUGAACUUGACUUCCUGGUUUGGGGAGUUGGGUCUAAUUGUGGCUGGUUGAAUGCCCAAAGGCCUGUGGGCAUGCGUGCCUCGUUUUCCUACCUGGAACGUAUUCUGGCUUAGCUGGGGCACCCCACAGACCCGUCCUUGACAUGGCAUUCCUGGUUUCUGAGGACCAAGCUGGUAUGUUAAUGGUGUGAAGGGCGGGAGUUGUCCUCUGAAAGGCAUGAGUGGGGUGUGGGAAGUCGCCCCACAGGUACCACGGCUUCCCACCAGCAUUUCCAGGUAGGCAGGCUACACGGUGCUAGCCACAGGCCCAUGGGUAGGACCUCACCCCAUCCUGGUGCUCUGGGGUCCCAACCUUCCCUUUAUCCAGUCCAACAGAGACGACUUGGGUGUACUUGGCUCUUGGGUCCCAUGAUGAUGGACUGCCCCUCCCCUAAGCCUUGUUGACUGCGGCGUUGUCUUCCCUUUUGUCCUUCUUGUCCUCAUAUCAGUAUUGCCCUUCCCUCUCACUUUUACACCUCAUCUCAUUCCUGUUCUCACUUUUCCCCUGAAACAAAUAAAAGCCUCCCCACCACUAGUUGUGUGGGCUGGGCAGAAAUCCCCA